AUGGCAUCUUCACCCGACGAUGCUAGACUACAGAAUGCAAGGGAGACCAUAGAUUCCUUGCAUGACCUUUCGCAGCUGCUGCAAACUGGGCUCGACAAGAACACUCUUUCGAUAUGCGUUGGUAUGAUAGAGCAAGGUGCUAAUCCCGAUACUCUCGCGGCCGUGGUGCGAGAAUUGCGUAAGGAGAAGGAGGCGCUAGAUGCUCAAAAGGCAUAG